CCCAUGUCUUGGCACGCCAGUUCGCACUCAAACCUUUGCUAGCUAGUCACGAUCGAGGCAUGAAAUAAACCCUCUCCCCACAAGUCUAUCUCAAUCAUGAAGAGCGAAUCAGACGAUAGUUUAGUGCGAGCGACAUCGCACAUGGUCAUCAACGAUGACGGGCGAAAAUCUACUGAGAUUUCAGCAGCGACUACAGAUUCAAAAGCAGAUGCUAUGGACUUUCCUAAGCCGACAUCCUCUGUCCUCGGUGACAAGAGAGUUUGGGAUAUCACGGCGAAGUUUCGCCACGUCGCAUCAACUCUACCUGUGGGGACUUUGGUAAAGGAUACAGCAUUCACCUUAUUUGAAUCGGUCGGCGCACUCGAGAUAAUGGAUCCAAAGAUGGACAGCGGAUGUCUUGCGCCUGGGGAAUCUUUGGUUGACGAAUAUGACCUUGAGCGGCCAUUGCUUCCAGAAGAAGUUAUCGGAAUUAUUGACCAGUUUCUCUGCUGCGAGAUGGCGUGGUACGAGGGUUAUCCGUUGGCACAGACGCUGUUCAGCUCACACUACAUCGACAAGCUGCUGUCCUUAGAAGCAAAGAACGUUGAUCAAAUUCACUUCUCCAAGUCUGGAAGGGAUAACGUCUGGAGUUCCCCUCUGGUCCAUUUAGUGUUAAGAGCAUACUGCAUUGCAAUGAUCAAGUGUUGUGACUACGCGUUAGAAGAAAUCAAUCGCAGCCUUGACGGUGGUGGUACUCGAUGCAAUUUCUACGAGGAAGAGGAUUUUUCGGGGCACACGUAUGGCAGAGAGCUGUUCACAAAGAUACCACUAAAACCAAUUCUCGACCUCCUUUCCUUGGCAGCGGAGUUCACAUCGACAGAAAAAGAACAUAGCGUCAACGGCCAGCAUUUAGGCUCACCAGAUCUGUACGGAGCUAUCGCAGCACGCAUCAACUUUCGAAUAACUCUCCUACGAGCAAUGUCUUUGGAAGAAGAUAUUGAAGACAAGUUUAAACUUUGGAAAGACAUGCCUGGGUUCUUAGCAGAUAUCAAGACGACACACUCUUUGGGGCUUCCUGUCAAAGAAUCCUUCAGCCCAAAGAUACAGAGAAGACUCGCAAGCACUGUACCUCCAAAGCCUAUGGUAGAAAUAAGCUUUGACGAUGCGUUGACCAAGCUUGAAAACAUGUGCAAGGACUGCGCGGAAGCCGUAAAGAUCGUUCAUUUUGGGCCACACAACGUUCAACCUUUGAAGUCUUUCCUUUGGGCUUUUAGCUCACGAAAGCCUGAGCCAUACACUUACCCUAGAGCGUGUCUUGCGGCUGCCUUAUUCAUGUGCGACGAUUCCGGCUUCCAACAAUUGCUUCGCCGAGACCUGGAGGAUAUUGUGCUUGCCGGGUCGGACGUUCUUGAUCCCAUUAACUGGACGAUUGAAGCACCACAAUCGAAAACACCGGUUUCUAACCGGAGGUUUGAAAUGGCAAAGGCAGUCAGUCAUUUUUGCGAAGUUGCUGUCCACAUGCCUGGAGGUUACAUCGAUUACUUCCGUACAUUGACUUCAAAUCGAUGCCGAGUGCGUCGUAACCUAACGCACGUUGCUGCAGCGCUGGAAGAUUUGCAGACGAUGGAAACUGAGCAUCUUGACGAAUCCUUGCGCAAGUUCAGUACGGACGAAAUUGAGUUUCCGUUAUCAUCGUGGACAUAUCUUCAGAAGCUCCGUGUUAUGGAGUGGAUAGUUCAACUUGGGUUCGAAUUAGACAUGUAUUUACCGGACGAGUUAGCCGGCAUGUACUGGUAUCUAGCCGCGCUGUCUUCGUCCCGUCAGUCGCUGAUAGAGCCUCUCUUAGCCGAAGCGGAAGCACGAGCUGCGAAAGUGAGGGCUUCGUCGCGAGAUGAAGCCUCGAAAGAAUUGAAAUUGGAGCAAAACAUCAACUUUCUGCGUUCGAUGAAAGCCGAAGCGUGCGGCACGACCGUUCUCGCUUCCUCUCUCAGUUUGAUGUAUGUUCUAUUAUCCUACCUAGGGCUUGUCCCACAAUCUGCGGUCAACUCGAAAUUCUACCAACCAGAAUUGAAGUAUGAGCUUCGGAUGAAGCCAUUUUUGACGAUCAAAUCUCCGGAGUUACCGAGUUUCCAGGAUUGGAAUUCAGCAAUACAUCCCUUUGGUCCAUACAUAGGGUCCCAGUCCAUGUUUGAGAAAUCCUGGACUCCAUCUUUGGAAAAGAUCGAAGAAGAAAUUAAGCAGGCAAAGGCCCAAUUCUCUACAGUGAAGAAGCUUGGGAUUGUUGCUGCUGGCUAUGAAGGUCUCAAUGAAAUAUGGGCAAAGAACACCUCGGCGCUGUUGCAGACCUGUAUCGCGACAGGUAUUUCUCUCUCGACACUGAAGAUGCACACAAAGGAGAGACAGUUAAAGCUUGAAAUUCCACCGCCUGGGAAUAAUCGCUAUCAUGACUGGUGGAUUGUGCCGAAAUUAACGCUAGUGGAGUAGGCUGAAGGUCUGUAGCUGUAACCUAAACUUCCAAAAACGUCCACGAGAAUUUCAAUGCCACAUAAAUAACAAUAGAACUGCAAUAUUCAACCAGCG